CAUGCAUUUCACAGCACUCGUUUCGCCCUGGCACGCAAGACCUCGUAUCCCCAUUCCCCAAGCUACGUUGCUAAAGUAUCUUGGUCGGCAUUGGAGCCACCUUGCCCUUGCACCACGCAUCACAGCACAUAUCUAUUUAUUGCGACGACGCCUACGAGAAACGAUACGAUACAGUUGAAAGCGACCAAAGCCGUCAACAAACCAUUUUGGGGACGACAGGGAUCGGGCGCUUGAUGCAGACGUUAAAGCCAGCAGCACUAUUUGGACCCUGAACUUAGCCUCAUAUCCCCUAUCAACCUUCAAAGCGCAACCUAUUCGAUCGCUCUCGAGACCUUCCAGUCCCUUCGCCCACCAGUUUCUUCGAAGCAGUUUCUGCUAUCCAUCACUCUCGAUCGACGCGCCGCAGAGCGUCUCUGCGCAAAAGCUGUCAAUGCCAUCCUAUGACUUGCCAGGCUCCAAUUCAAAGAUGAUGCCCCGGCAUCAUGCCGCCGCCUUUUCGAAUGGCUAUCCUCGUGGCAAUACUUUUGACAUCUCCCCCCACAAGUUCCAGCCGCGCACUUUGACGCCUGCCCAACGGCGUCGCAAUAAGCUUCUCGUCCGCCUAUGCAUUUUAGCGGCGAUACUGUUCGUUUUUAGUCUCUGGCUUUGGCCUUCCAGCCCCGUGGCUUCGCUGGUGUCUUUCGGGCUCCUUUCUGCUGGUGGUGCACCAGAGCUUGAGACAGUUCGAUACUACGACUUGACCACCGUCCAGGGCACUGCUCGUGGCUGGGAACGCGAAGAGCGCAUUCUGUUAUGUGUACCACUUCGUGAUGCCGAAGCGCACUUGGGAAUGUUCUUUUCUCAUAUGCGCAAUCUCACAUAUCCGCACCACUUGAUCGACCUUGCCUUUCUCGUGUCCGAUUCCAAAGACAAUACUCUAAAGGUUCUUUCUGAGAGUUUGGAGGCCAUCCAAGCCGACCAGGAUCCUAAGCAACCAUACGGGGAGAUCUCAAUCAUUGAGAAAGACUUCGGGCAGAAGGUCAACCAGGAUGUUGAAAGUCGUCACGGAUUCGCUGCUCAGGCAAGCCGACGAAAGCUGAUGGCGCAAGCCCGAAAUUGGCUUCUGAGCGCAGCUCUGCGGCCGUACCACUCCUGGGUUUAUUGGCGCGACGUAGAUGUUGAAACGGCACCUUUCACCAUUUUGGAGGAUCUCAUGCGCCAUAACAAGGACGUCAUCGUUCCCAAUGUUUGGCGACCGUUGCCUGACUGGCUUGGCGGUGAACAGCCCUACGAUUUGAACUCAUGGCAGGAGUCUGAGACAGCUUUGGCCCUCGCCGACACACUUGAUGAGGAUGCUGUCAUUGUUGAAGGUUAUGCCGAAUAUGCCACUUGGCGCCCUCAUUUAGCGUACCUCCGUGAUCCUUUUGGUGAUCCCGACAUGGAAAUGGAAAUUGAUGGUGUUGGGGGUGUCAGUAUCCUGGCAAAAGCCAAAGUCUUCCGAUCCGGUGUUCACUUUCCAGCCUUCAGUUUCGAGAAGCACGCCGAAACAGAAGGUUUCGGCAAGAUGUCCAAGAGAAUGGGGUACUCAGUCAUUGGUCUACCUCAUUAUACCAUCUGGCAUUUGUAUGAGCCUAGUGUGGAUGAUAUCCGCCAUAUGGAGGAGAUGGAGCGGGAACGACUUGCCCGGGAAAAGCAAGAAGAAGAGAAGAAAAAGAACCAACAAAAGAUCAAAGAAGAGUAUAGUGACACCCGGAAUGAGUGGGAGAAGGAUAAGCAAGAGAUGCAGAAUCUGGCAGCUCAGCCAAAGCCUGUCAAAGACACACAGAAAGCUCCCAGCCGAGAUGGGUUGGCCCAGCCCCAUAAUCAACAACCUGGCUCUGGCAACCAAGCCAAGGCGGGCUCAGGUAAUGCCGCUCAAGGCGACAUCAAAGCGCAUGUGGUCAAGCGGGAGGGUAACGCAGCAAGACAAGAAGGCAAAGCUGUUCAAGAGGGAGACAAACGAGCUGCUGUUGGUGCACAAGAUGCGCCCAAAGCCAACCCAGGGGCCGCUCAGCAAGUCGGUAAUGCAGCUGCUUAAAGAGUUUCCGUUAAUAUCUUCUCUGGUCUUGUUUCCUUGAUCGCAUACGAUAUCUACUUGCUGUAUAAUAGAAUGGAUGUCAUCGGAGUCGUUGGUUGUGAGUUUGUACGCUUAGGCGGAGAACGGCAGACAGUUAAAAGGUGUGACCAUUGGUAGAUCCCCUUUGGCAUGUCAUUGGCGUUUGGUUGGGAAGGGCUACUCGUUAUCAAUAUCAAAGAAGACAAAAAAUCAUACGCUUUAAUGAUUACUAUACUGUUGUGGACAAACAUG